AUGGCGGUAGCCCAAGAGAUUACGCCGUUCUUGUCUUUCGAAAGCCAGGCGGAGGAGGCGGCUAACUUUUACGUGUCGGUGUUCGACGAUGGAAAGAUCAUUCGCGAGAUUUGCAGCCCCGAGGUGCCAGGCGGACCGCCCUCGACGAUCAUCGGCGUCGACUUCCAGAUCGCCGGCAUGCAUUUCACCGCGUUGAACGUCGGUCAAGACUGGAAGUUCACCGAAGCACUUUCUUUGUUGGUUUCCUGCGACUCACAGAGAGAGAUCGACCACUUAUGGGAGCGGCUUACCGACGGCGGCGAGGAAGUGCAGUGCGGCUGGCUCAGAGAUCGCUACGGCGUCGCCUGGCAAAUCGCCCCCGGCGUACUCCUCGAAAUGAUCACCGACAAGGACCCCGCCAAAGCCCAACGCGCAUUCCAAGCCAUGACGCAAAUGGUGAAGCUGGAUCUUGCCGAACUCCAGCGAGCAUACUCAGGGGGGGGAGGCGAGUGUCCAGAGGGAGCGAUCAGAAGUGAGCGUGUUGUUUAG